GUAAGUGCCACCAGGAUAAACUGCUGGCGUCAGCAGAUCGCCUUGGGGAAAAGUCCCGGUUUCUUCUGCACGGGGUUCAGACUCUUUCAUUCCGUCGGGGAGGCUGGAGAGGAAAACGAGAUCAAACCAAAGCAAGACACGCGCCCUUCCCUCCCGGCUCACCGGGUCGCAUGAGGGUGAGGGUGCCACAACAGCUCUGGGGACAGCCCCAUCGGCACCUGAAGGCUUUUGGCUCCCCAGAGGGAAGAUGAGUUACCAAGAGUUCCCGGUGUGUCCCGUGCAACCGGCUAGCAACCCCCUCCUCCGCUUUGAAGGUCGUUCCUCCCCGGAGAUGCCCCCGGGGGCUGCUUUCUGCACAGAUCAAAAGCCUGGGCUGGAAUGUGAUGCCCUUUGUAGGGAAAAAGUUCUCCACCAAGUCCUGCGAAACGUCAAUAGCCAAUUGCUCGUGGUGAGACCGGAUUUAAACAUUGCAGCUUUUGAAGAUGUGACAGAUCAGGAGAUGAAAUCUGGCAACGGAAUGCACUUCAGCGUUCACUGCUACAAAACCACCACCCCCUCAGCAGGGCUGCCUGUCGCGUUCAGUGUCCUGGUGGAAGACAAGAGCUACUACAUGUGUUGUGAGGAAGAACGUGGGAAGAUGACAGUUCGAUUUAAGGAAGGAGAAGUUCCCGCAGAAUUUCCUGGUGAAAGUAACAUCAUCUUUUUCAAAACGGCUUUUACACGUAGUUGCUCCAGAGCAUUUAAGUUUGAAUACUCGCUAAAACAGGGGAUGUUUUUGGCCUUUGAGCAAGAAGGUGGCUUAAGAAAAUUAAUUCUAAAGAAAGUGUCAAGAGGUGAAGUGGAUGAGACCGUGAAGAUAUAUCCAGCUUAAGAAAGAAUGAAAGUCACAGCAUGUCCCGUGUUUCACAUUUUAAAAUAAAAUUUGGGG